AUGCGCAAGUGGAUCUGUUGUACAUGUCAAAUGGACGACUCAAAUGAAGAGCAACAGCUCAAAAGUUCGCAGCAGCAGUCUGAUGCAAAUCAUAAGAAUCCAAAACCAGCACCGGUUGCAAAACAUGAGGUGAAGAAGGAAGCUCUUCCGAUUGAGGUUCCUCCCUUGUCUUUGGAUGAGGUGAAGGAAAAGACUGAAAAUUUCGGAUCAAAGGCACUCAUUGGUGAAGGAUCUUAUGGAAGGGUGUAUUAUGCAACACUAAAUGAUGGUAUAGCGGUUGCUCUGAAGAAACUUGAUGUCGCGCCUGAGGCUGAAUCAGAUGCCGAAUUCUUGAGUCAGGUUUCGAUGGUUUCCAGACUGAAGCAUGAGAAUCUCACUCAAUUGCUUGGUUUUUGUGUUGAUGGAAACCUGCGCGUCCUUGCAUAUGAGUUUGCUACAAUGGGAUCGUUGCAUGACAUCUUACAUGGCAGGAAGGGAGUGCAAGGGGCACAACCAGGUCCAACACUUGACUGGAUAACGAGGGUGAAAAUAGCGGUUGAAGCAGCUAGGGGUUUGGAAUACCUUCAUGAGAAGUCUCAGCCUCCUGUAAUCCAUAGAGACAUAAGAUCAAGCAAUGUCCUUCUUUUUGAAGACUACAAGGCAAAGAUUGCCGAUUUCAAUCUCUCGAAUCAAGCACCUGAUAAUGCUGCUCGUCUUCACUCGACAAGAGUAUUGGGAACUUUCGGUUAUCAUGCUCCAGAAUAUGCAAUGACUGGACAAUUGACUCAGAAGAGUGAUGUGUACAGUUUUGGGGUUGUACUUCUAGAACUUCUUACAGGGAGGAAACCGGUGGAUCAUACCAUGCCUCGAGGUCAACAGAGUCUUGUAACCUGGGCGACACCAAGACUCAGUGAAGAUAAAGUCAAACAGUGCAUUGAUCCAAAGCUUAAAGCCGAUUACCCUCCAAAAGCAGUUGCUAAGCUAGCAGCUGUGGCAGCAUUGUGUGUGCAAUACGAAGCUGAGUUUAGACCAAAUAUGAGCAUAGUGGUGAAGGCGCUGCAGCCUCUCCUGAAACCUCCAGCUGCAGCGGCAGCUCCAUCUCCAGCAACAGAAUCUUGAAAUACUAUCAUCAUAAUUUUUUAUCAGAAUAUACUUUAGUACACCAUGACCAUAAAUGAAAGAGGUAUGGUUUUGGGAGUGAUAAACUAUAAAAGAUGAUUAUUAUGUCUCUCAUUUGAUGAUUGGUUUUGCACACACAGUUUUGUUGUGCUAGAAGCAAAAAAAAAAAGAUAAUGGCAAGUUUAUUGUUUGCCGUUUUGGUGAGUGGGAGAGAGUGAUUAUUACUAUUUUUAUAUAAUGAUGAUAAUGGA